AUGAGAGCUUUUGAGUCGGGACAGUCUCCAAGCGUCACACACAGUCAGACGAGCGCUACCUUUCGCAGAAGGAUCACACGGGUUUGCGCGCCCGGGAAUACAAAAACAACAAAUAUAUAACCAAAAAACUAGGAUAGAACAAGACAGCUGCUAAAAAAAAUAUCAACGAGUAAGUGCUCCCUCAUAAGUUCUUACAGUAGGCUGCGCGCUCUGAUUUGAGUGGAGACUUUUGCCGCCAGUGAGCGGCGCAAACCGCACUGCAAAAACAGCCGGAAUAGCCAUUCUCAGUGGAAUACUGCUUUGCGCAGAAAUCUAAACUGAACGGAUUUCUCGUUUCCCCUGGCGCGCGACUGUACCAGAUUGCUGAUGCAGUAAAAACAAAAAUUUUGGUUGGAGCUGAAUCGUGAGAACGUGCAUCAGAAAUUUUACGUGUCAAAGUUUAAAUCUCGGGUCUUCGUUUCGCCUACUUUUCUCCGAAGCCAUGGUGGGCAGACUUGACUUGCAGAGCGGUGACGACCCCCUCGACAUCCGCUGCAAAGCGGAGAGGACGCUGGACAGCCCGGACUCCGGGCUACCCCCGAGCCCCAGUCCGACCUCCUGGCUCCUGUCGCCGAUUGGCGACGACAAAGGGGCGUGCAGCCCGGUGUCUGAACACGACGGCGGCGGAAUAACGGGUCCCGUGCUGCCAGGUUCAUUCCCAAGGUUCCAUCAGCUGUCCUACGGCGAGGGCGUGGAGCUGCAGCCCCUCCCCCCUACAGAAGUCCGGUACACGUCCAGCGUGCGCUACGCCUCGGACCGCCACUUCAUCCAGGGGGUGUACCUGCAGCCGCGCGGCCUGGAGGUGGAGUCCUGCAGCCAGACGGUCCUGGCGUUGGCAGGAAGCACCUGGAGGCGGUACCGGACUCACCUGGAGCUCCUCCCCCGCCACCGGCCGCUGAGCCACACCAGCACCGCCAUCGUGUUCCCCAAACACGCCCACACCGCCUGCCGCACGCAGCUGCUCCACCACGACGGCGGCAGGAAGUCCGCCUGCCGCUUCCUGUCCAGCGUGGAGCUGGAGCCCCGAGAGGGCGGGGCCAACUGCUGAGGCUCGCCGCCGACUGGAGCGUUGUCUCCUAAAGCCACGCCCCCUACCAUGAGACACGCGCACGCACACACACUAUACACACACACACUUACAACCCUCACCCUAACCCUAAUCCACAACGCAGACACUCAUACAAACAAUGAUACAAACCAAUUAAAACACAAAUACUGCCUAUCUGUC